AUUGUAUCUGCUCGCCUUUCAGCGUCUAUCAAAUAAAUUCCUAUUCCAACUGCCCUCCUUGCCCCAAUGGAGUACUCGCAUUGUCACAACAACAGCCGACUUAACAAACAUGCUGAGUCUGAUGCCUCUCGAUGCAUUCAAAAUCUUGCCCACUGGGCCUCCGCCGUCGAAGAAAUCCGUACCUGGCCUGAAUACAGCCCACAGCCGUUGCGGGCACUUCCCGGGAUGAGCCAGAAAUUAGGGAUCAACCAGUUGUACUUUAAAGACGAGAGCAAGCGAUUCGGAGUCGACCUGGGAUCUUUCAAAGCUUUGGGGGCUCCUUAUGCUGUCUAUCGAAUCCUGGCCGACGAGGUUCAUGCGAAGACAGGCAUAUGCCCUUCGUCGGCGGAGCUCCGAACUCCCAAAUACCAUGACAUCACGCAGCGCGUGACAGUCUGCGUGGCCACGGACGGAAAUCAAGGCCGCGGGCUAGCGUACGGGGCUCGGAUAUUUGGCUGUCGCUGUGUCGACUAUAUCCAUGGCCAUGUUAGCGAUGGUCGCGCUGAGGCGAUGAAGGAGUUGGGGGCGGUAGUCAUCCGGAUCGAUGGGGAGUACGAGGCCUCUGUCGCACGGGCUAAGGAAGAUGCUCGCAUGAAUGGAUGGUACUUUGUGAGUAGUACAUCUUGGUCCGAUUUCGACAACGACGUGCCACAACAUGUCAUGAAUGCAUACAUGGUUGUUCUUGAGGAAGCCUUCGAUAUAAUCCCGGCAGUUGAUCAGAUUACCCACGUCUUUGUGUGCGGCGGCAUCGGAAGUAUUGCUGCUGCCAUCUUCCAGGGCUUCUACACUCGCUUUUAUAAGAUUAGGGAAUCGUCGACCACGCUCGUUCCGCCGGAAAUACCUCGUUUCGUUGUCGUGGAGCCAUCUAAUGCAGACUGCCUCUUACAAAGUGCAAAGAACGGCCAAAUGUGCCAGUCGGAGGGGUCUCUGCGGACGCUCAUGGCCGGCCUAGCCUGUCGUGCUCCGUCUCCUGCCGCAUGGAAAGUACUCUCCUGGCUGGCCAGUGACUUUCUAGCUGUUCCCGACUCAGUUGCUGUGGAGGGCAUGAAGGCCUUGGCCAGCGGCAGCGAGGGUGAUGUUCCUGUUGUCUGUGGCGAGUCGUCUGCAGCCAGCAUGGGGAUCAUGCUAGGUGCGAGAAUGGACCAAUCGCUACGGGAGAAGCUGGGGUUGAAUGAAAAGAGUCAAGUUGUUCUUUUUGGCCUGGAGGGAGCUACUGAUCCCCAGAUAUACGAGUCGAUCGUGGGAAAGUCCCCUAAUGAUGUGUUUGACGCGCAGAAUCGCUUUUAUGGCUCAACCCCUACAUUGCCCUGUUCUUUGUAAAUAACAUUAAGACUGAUUACUGAUGCUCUGGCGGGAGAUUCUAC